AUGAAACCAGAAUGCUCAUACUGCCAAAGAACGGAGAAAAAUUGUGAAUAUGCUGAUGAGAAAAAGGCUAGAAAGUAUCAUCCCUUCCUUCACUACAGCGAAACCCAUGACGUUAACACGAGACACAGACGAAAGUAUUGGGAUGAGAACUAUGUCAAAUCUCUUGAGAACCAAGUUCAGGCUUUACUAGCUCUUCAAAAGAAAGAUGGCGCUACCACAUCGCCGCCCAGUUUACCAAGAGCUACCAGCAGCGUCGUUUUGGACUCAGCCUUUCAGUUGGCUCCACUGGGGAAGUCGCACGAAUUUGAACAAUCCGCGUCUUUGAAUCAUGUGAUUCACGGUGGUGCUUCUCAUCAGUCUCAGACUGCAAUGGAGGAGUUGAGCGUCAUGAUGUGGAGAACCAAUCUUGCGGAUGCCGUGACCAUUGACGAGAAUCAACCAAUUGAUAAACCACCCACAUGUGAGAACAGCCAUCAGCCUGCAGCCCAACGUCAGAUUCCGCCAGAAAUAUCAAGGGUGUGUGAAGACACAAGUCGUCUGUUUGGACUAGCGGCUCUGUUUCUCGAGUGCAUCAACGAAGACCACCAAUACACGCAGUACGAAUCCGCAGAUUUCUUCCUCCAGUCCCCCGACCAAUCUCCAGACCUACUCUUCCUUCAUGCUUCCAUGUUAGCAUCUGGGGCAGCGUUUGAAAACAAGAGCGACUCUCUCAAGAUCAGCGACGAACUUGCAAAAUUAAGUGAAAGCCUCGUUUUUGAAUGUUUUCGACAGUGCCCAUCAAUAUACGUCAUUCAAGGCCUGGGGAUCUUGGCAUGGCUAUCCUUGGCCUUGGGUCGUGAUCAUUUUGGUUGGACGUUUCUUUCCAUGGCUGCUGGAAUGGCUGUCCACUUGCGACUUCACGUUUUGGCGCUUGAUGACUUUGAUACCAAGUCGGCAAAUACUGGAUUUGCGGAUGUGCAGACCUUCUGGUCCUUCUACUUGACUGAUAGAACUUCUAUUUCUAUCCUUGGAAGGAAUUGCAUGUUACCCUGGCGACGCGUCAAUGUCCCUGCGAUUGAAACGUUCUUUCCAAGCGACGGCACGAGUCUGGCUCAAAUAUCUUUUGCAUGGCAGUGUAAGCUAUGGUAUAUGCAUGAUCAAAAUAUGGAUCAAAUGUAUGUACCUGCUCUCAUUACCAUCCUCCACCGGUGUGGGAUUACUAAUAGCCCAAUAGCUUCUCCUCGUCCUUUGAAACACUCGCUACGCCAGAACAGGUCCGCCUCCUAA